AUGCCUCCCAAGAAGCAGGACCAGCCCAAGAAAAAGAAGACCGUCGAGGACAAGAAAAAAGGUUCUUCGGCCAAGAAACAGAUCGCCCAAUUACAAGCGCAAGCGAAAUCUAGCAAGACUCCUGACGAGAAGCGAAAAGAAGCUGAAAAGGCCAAGCGUGCGGCGGAGAAGAAGGCCGCCGAGGAUGCGAAGCGCGAGGCCGCGGAGUUGUUCAAGCCCGUGCAAACCCAGAAGGUGCCUUUCGGUGUGGAUCCCAAGACCGUCCUCUGUGUGUUCUUCAAGCAGGGCAAUUGUGAGAAGGGACGGAAGUGCAAGUUCAGCCACGACCUCAACAUCGAGCGCAAGUCCGCGAAGAAGGACCUGUACACUGAUUCCCGAGAUGCUAAGGCUGAAGAGGAGGAGGCCCGCAAGAAGGAUACCAUGGACGAUUGGGAUGAAGAGAAGCUGCGCAAGGUCGUUCUGAGCAAGCACGGAAACCCACGGACGACCACUGACAAGGUCUGCAAAUACUUCAUCGACGCCGUCGAGAACCAGAAGUAUGGUUGGUUCUGGGUUUGUCCUAAUGGGGGUGAUAAGUGCAUGUACAAGCACAGCUUGCCACCUGGGUUCGUUCUGAAGACAAAGGAGCAGAGAGCUGCCGAGAAGGCUCUCAUGGACAAAUCUCCGUUGAACACCCUGACGCUGGAAGAUUGGCUGGAAAGCGAGCGACACAAGCUGACCGGAAACCUGACGCCCGUCACGCCAGAGACGUUCGCCAAGUGGAAGAAGGAUCGUCUAGACAAGAAGGCUGCAGAAGAACAGGCCCGGAAGGCUAAGGAGACCACCGGACGUACAUUGUUCGAAAGCGGUAACUGGCGGGCGGAUGAUGAGAGCAGCGAUGAGGAAGACGAUGAUGAUGCCUGGAACCUGGAAGCCCUCCGCAGGGAGACGGAGAGAAUUCGUGACCAGAAGGAAGAGGAACGACUGGCGCGGAUCGCCGGACUGCCCGUACCGGCGUCUAACGAUGCGACGAUUGCACAGGAGGGCCAAGGCUGA